AUGAAGAAACCAAUCCUCUUCCUUUUGGCUGCGCAAGCUGCUCCGGUCUUCUGCCAACCUUAUAACCAUCCACCAUCCGAUCUAGCACUAUCACUCGAGACUAUCAACAGUAUAUCUGCUGGCCAGGGCUGUGGGGAUGUAACCCAUGUGCUAGAGAUUCGGGAUUAUGAGGACGAGGAGAAGGCGAGACUCUUCGCUCGUGCCACCGAAACCACCGACUCAACCACAUCAACAACAGAGAGUACUACGACUUCAACAACGAGCACUUCAGAAACCACAACCUCAUCUACUUCUUCUACUUCUUCGAGCACCUCGACCACAACCUCAGACUCGACAACCACAUCUUCAACUACUUCCACCUCCACCAGUUCGACCUCCACUUCUACUUCCACGACAUCCGCCACCACAACAUCCACCAGCACCAGCUCAACAACAACGAGCACCGCAAGCACAACCACGAGCACUGCAACCAGUACUAGCACGAUCAGCGCCGAAGUGAAGGAAUGGAACCGGAGGGGAAAUAUUGCCGCGGUCGCCUUCUCGUGUUGUCUGAUCUCCCUCUUCCUGGGAAUCAGCAUCAUUCAUUGUGCACGGGAUCGAGCCAAAUCAAAGCGAAUCGCCGCAAGAGAGCUUUUGAAAGCCUCCGCGGUCUCCACAGGGCCACUAGGUCAUACCAAGACCAACUCGACCGCCAAUCUGCUACCGGAUCGCUCGUCGGUGAUGUUGAAAGAGAAUCCUUUUUCCGACAGCCGUCCUCGCACCGCACAAGGCACUUCCCCAACACCCAACAACAACUCGCAGGCGGGUGUCGCGGGUGCUGAAGCCAGGGAAAACGUGGCUGUGCCAGCUGCCAAUCACGAGCAGGAAUCAUUGGUCUGA